CCCACCGGCGGACUCGGGGAUGGGCGACCGCGGGCUCAGCGUGAGCACGCUCUCCUGCUCACUGCUAUGACCACUCCACUGGAAGAUGCAAUGGACACCUUGAUCAGGAUUUUCCAUCACUACUCGGGCAAAGAAGGAGACAGAUAUAAGCUCAGUAAAGGAGAACUCAAGGAGCUCCUCACCAGAGAGCUCACUGACUUCCUUUCAGGCCAAAAGGACCCUCUCCUGGUUGAUAAAAUUAUGAAUGACCUGGACUCCAAUAAGGACGAUGAAGUGGAUUUUAAUGAAUUUGUAAUUCUGGUUGCUGCUUUGACUGUGGCAUAUAAUGAUUUCUUUGAAGAACAGCUAAAGAAAGAAGAAUUUUUUAAAUCCUUGGUGUAAUCAAUCUCCUGGCCACAAAUGCAAGCAAAGCAUGCCUAGUUAGGUAGCCCUCCUUGGUGUUUAGUGAAUGCAAACCAUAAUUCCUCCAACUGUUACUGCUCUAAGACAUUAAUGGAGCUAAUCAGCAGCUGGUGUAAGCUGGACCACAGCCAGCUUACACUACUUGAGAUGUGUAAUAUUUCCAGUCUUUGCAGUCCAUGCAUCUGUAACAUGCCUUCAUCAGUUGCCCAGGUCAAGGGCUUGGGGUGACAGAUCAUUUGGCAUGAGUUGAGACUUCCAUUUCUUCAAUGUCAGUGGAAAGUAAAAGGCACAGGAAUGUUACUUAUAUACUUUCUGAAUGGAAAAAUUUUUGAAUGAGACAUAACAUUUGCAAGUUAGUUUUCAAUCAUUUUAUAAUAAUCUUAUUUUGCAGCUCAAAAUCAGCAGGUUCUUUUUAGCUCAGUUCUGCUUAUUCUAAAAUCUUUGUUAGCUGCUGCUCCCCACACUCAUAUUUCAGAUGUGGUCACAGCUGUCUCUUGCUGCUGGAGCAUACAAUACCGCUUGCCAUUGUUACGGGUUCAUUUCCCACAUGUCUCCAGCUUCAAUUUUGUUCUGUUGACAUUGCUGCAUCCCAGUAGUCAACCUCUUCACUUGGCAUAAAUAAAUUUAUUCAUAUCAUAAAUUAUUCAAGUACAUAGAAGAUUUAGUCAGCAAAUUGCUUGGAGGGAGGGCUGAUGUAAGGACUGAGUCUUUGGGGGAAAUGUGUAAAUGACUUCUGCUUUCACUACUUUGGCAUGGUUAAAAGGAGGCCUUUUAGGACCACUUGUUGAAGAUUUAAUGAUGAAAUUCCAGGGUACAGCUUUGUAGUGUGAGUUUUUAUGGAAAUGUGAAUUUUAUGGCAAUGUAAGUUUUAUGGAAAAACUAUUAUUUCAUCUUACACUGAUCCCCACCCUGUAUGGAAGCAGGGGUUCCAUGGCCAGGCAAAGAGAGAGUAGGUCAACCCCUUCCAGUGUUAUCUUGCUCUUGGUUUGAAUUAAGAGUAUUUAAGCACUCCUGUUUGAAUUAAGCAUACUUCUGAAGCCCUGCAAAUUCUCAGUGGCAGAAUAUUGUGGCUUUUUUUCCUGCAUGGAGAGCUCUCUUAUUUCCUUGUUAUUUUCUGGUAACUUCAAACUCUA